CUUUGCUCUCGUCUAGCCGCUUCUAGGGUUGUCUUGCUCCCUGAAUUAUUUCCCACUUGGCUCCCCUCCAUUUCGGAGUCUUUCCAAGUAGAUGACUUGAGCGUUGGAACUGAAUGGCUGAAGUCUGUUUCGAUUCCCAUUGCCAUGGGGACAAGAAACGGUCUGACCAAGACGGUCAGAAGAAUGAGGCAGGUCUGCAAGACAGUGACUGGACCCAAGGUCCUCUAAUCAGCUUUCGUGGAACAAAAAGGUUUUGCUUACCCAGUUAAAACACAGCAGUGUAUCAGGAAUUAAGCACCACCAAGAAAGAAGCAACCCAAAGAGCGUUCUCUUGUUUGGGGCCAUCCUUCUCUCACAGCAAUUCACGACCAAACGCAAAUCUGCAUUUCGCCAUUGCCACUCUAAUGGGAUAUGUCAAAUGGGCCAAAGUGUGCCGGUUCUAGGAAGUUCUAGAAAGGCCUUUCCUGGCUUGUGACGUCACAGAAUUCUUGGAACGUGUCCACCAACUGUCAUCUGGGCGUCCAGAGGUUUUAAACCCCUAACCUAAAGCACAGGUGUUACAAGAACAUGAGUCUGAAGCAUUAAGGUCCUCAAUAUGCCUCAGGAUGAAAAGGAUCUCAAUAUGCCUCAGGAUGAAACGGAUCUCAAUAUUCCUCAGGAUGAAACGGAUCUCAACAUGCCUCAGGAUGAAAAGGACCUCAAUAUGCCUCAGGAUGAGAAGAAUCCAGAAAUGAGCGCCCCUCCGACAAUACUAAAUGAGACGGAUGCAGAUGUAAAUUGGAACAUGGGAGAACCCUUUGAGUCCUUGAACAAGCUCCAGGGUCUGUCUGACGGGGAGAAGGGGGAGAAGGCGAUGCUGCGUUCGCGGAUCCACGAGCAAUCUCAGCUCAUCUGUAUCUUGAAGAAGCGAGCCGACGACAACCUCAUACGCUGCAGGACCCUGGAGCAGCUCCACGCGGAGCUGGAAGAGCUCAGGAUGGCGGACGCUUUGAGACUGGAGAGCCAGACCCGGCGCGUCCAGCAGUUGGAAGAGCGCUUCAUGGACUUGGCCGCCAACCACGAGGACAUGAUCCACUUCAAAGACGAGCACAAGCGCCAGAACAUACAGCUGAGGGAAGAAAACCGGCGUCUGCGCCAGGAGAACCUCGGCCUCUUCAGCCAGCCUCUGAAGGAGAAAGAGGCAGAGCUGAACCACCUCGUGUCGCAGUACAAGAAGCUUUCCAAAGACAUGGAGGCCUUGAGAGAAAGUCACCAGCAAGAAAGCCAGUGUGCCCAACAGAGAGAGAAAGAGCUUUUGGAGGCCCAGGCUCAGCAAGCCGGCGUUCAUGCAGAGGAGGUUAGCUCGCUGAGAAGACAACUGCAAGUCCUCAAGGAAAAACACAGUCAUGUCAUGGAGCAACUGGAGAGAGCAGAAAAGGAACUUAAAGAUGGCGACCUGAAAGCCACAGUGGAGCAGUUGAGACACGAGAAAGAGGAACUUCUGACCCUGGCCAUGGAGAGAGGUAAGGCACUGCAGGAAAAGCAACGAGAGAUCUUGCAAUUGGAGAAGAAAGCAGAGGACAUGGAAAAAGCCAAGCUGGCAGCAGAGCAGCGCUUUGAGACGGAGGCGGCCACGGUGGACAGCGUCCUCCGAGUUCGAGACCUGCAACUGCGGCUGGACGGGACCGAACAAGCAUAUGUUGAGCUCCGGAUGCAGUUUGAGGCUUACAAGAGGCACAGCAUGGAUUUGCUUACUAAAGAGAAAGAGCUAAACACGAAACUCCGCCAUUUCAUGGCAUAGAAAGGCACGUCUUGUACCAGCUGCCAAGCAAAGACGUCUCAAAGGCAUUCUUAAAAUAAUCUUGUGUAAGAUUAUUUCCUUGUCUUAACGUCUUUCGUGCAGUACUUCGAGGGGUGGGGAAAUUGUCAAGAUCUCAGAGACCUCUUUGUCCUGGGUAAAACGAGUUAAAAUAAAAUUUUGAAAUAUU